ACGAGACACACCGUCGAGUCGACGUGACUCCCGCACAGCCGUCAGUGCCGUACAGACAUUCAGAAAAAUAGGCCGUUGGCAAAGUGACACGUGCGUGAAAAAAAAAAUCGAAAGUAAUAUCUAUUAGUUCGAUUUUUGAAAAAAGCGCGCGUUAAUUUCGGCGGUUUAUUUUCAAUUUCGAAUAUUGUGCCCGCAAGAGACGCUGCUUUCGUAUUUUUUCCACGAUAUUUAGCGUCCAGAGGGCAACGGCACGAUGGCGGACAUGGGAGUGUCACAAGCAGAGCUGGUGGAGCCACGGGGAAACAACGGACGCAAGUUGCCGCAGUACCUUGCUGCUCUUGCAGCUACCCUGGGAGCGCUAGCAGCCGGUUCUAUGCUGGGUUGGUCAGCCCCGGUGAUGGUCAAACUGACAGACCCCAACAGUACCGACUACGACUUCCCCGUGACAAAAGGCCAAGGAGACUGGAUAUCCUCCGUCAUCAACCUUGGAGCUGCCUUCAUAUGCUUCCCCAUCGGGCUGGUCAUGGACGCUAUAGGACGUAAAAAGACCAUGUUGCUCCUCGUGUUACCUUUCACCUUAGGCUGGUUGCUCAUUACCUUCGGUAACAGUGUGGGCAUGCUCAUCGCUGGCAGGCUCAUCACUGGUGUCGCCGGAGGCGCCUUCUGCGUCACCGCCCCCGCCUACACCAGUGAAAUAGCACAAGACUCCAUCAGAGGCACGCUGGGAAGCUACUUCCAACUGAUGAUAACUAUCGGUAUCCUGUUCGCGUACGUAGUCGGUGGCUACGCCUCAGUGUUUGUCUUCAACAUCCUCUGUACCUGCAUUCCUAUCAUCUUUGGUAUUGUAUUCUUCUUCAUGCCCGAGAGUCCCAACUACUUAGUUGUUAAAGGCAAAAAUGACGAGGCAAGAGAAGCGUUGAUCCGGCUCCGUGGCAGCGCUUAUGAUGUAGACUAUGAGCUCAACAACUUGAAGUCGAGGGCGGAAGAAAACGAAAGGAACAAAGUAUCGUACAUCUCCGCUCUCAAGAAGAAGACAGCUCUGAAAGCUCUCCUUAUUUGCUACGCCUUGAUGGUGUUCCAGCAGCUGUCUGGUAUCAACGCUGUCAUCUUUAACACCUCUCAGAUCUUCUCUGACGCCGGUGCCACAAUCCCACCGACUAUUUCUACAAUUAUUAUCGGGGUUAUCCAAGUAAUUGCCACUUUCAUCUCUAGUUUGGUAGUGGACAAGCUCGGCAGGCGUAUCUUGUUGCUUCUCUCUGCGCUGGUGAUGUGCGUGUGCUCCACUGCGUUGGGCGUGUACUUCUUCCUGCAGCAGACGCACGGCAGUGAGGCCGACAUCGUGCAGGCCAUCACGUGGCUACCGCUGGUCUCUUUGUCUCUGUUCAUCAUCGCGUUCUCUCUCGGUUUCGGUCCUAUCCCCUGGAUGAUGGCGGGUGACCUCUGCCAGAUUGACAUCAAGGCCUUCGUUGGCUCCACCGCGGGAACCCUCAACUGGCUGCUCAGUUUUACUGUGACGAGUACAUUCAACUCCUUGAACGCGGCGAUAGGGUCGGGUCAGGUGUUCUGGAUGUUCGCUGGUAUCAUGUUGAUAGGCUUCGUGUUCAUAUUCUUCGUUAUCCCCGAGACGAAGGGCAAGAGUGUGGACGAGAUCCAAGUGUUGCUAGGAGGAGAACCCCAGCAGAGAGCCGAGGAGAAGAAAUAAACGCCACAAACAGACUGACAGACAUCACAUAGUAUUUUUGUACUGAGACUUACACUUAGAGGUUUCUUUGGUGUCGCAGUGCUUCGGUAUAAGCAAUAUUAUAAUUUUAUAGAACCAAAGAGUUACGAUGUAUCAUUUAGAUGUACCGUAGGAUUAUUGCUGCGCUGUCAUUAUUUAUUUGUUAUUGAACUUUACGGAGACAUCCAGUCCCUGGCAGCUUGUAAUAUUAUAGCUAUGAUGUGCAUAUUAUUACGAAUUCAGUUGUUUGUAGAACGAAUUUUCCAAACGGACUUAUUGCGAGUAACAUGGUAACAAUAAUAAUUGUAAUGUUUAGGCUAAGUGGUUCAUAAAAUAUACAUAUGUACCUAUAUCAAUUUGUGGGGGUUUUAUGCCCCAUUGGUUCACACAUUCGUCCCUAAGAAAAACGAUCUUUUAUCUACGAAAUAUCAACUUUUGUAACUUUAUACGGAAAUUGAGUAAUCUAUUUGAAUAUAAUCCUGCAACUAUGUAUUGAAAACUGGCUUCAACGCAGCGAUUGGAACUCUCAUAUU